GCCUAUUAGUCUUAUUCUGCAUCCAGUGCCACUCUCCCUUUUUAUUUUUAUUUUCUUCUUCUUGUUCUGUACAUCACUAGCAACAUGAGCAUAUCUGUAGCUGAUAUUUUUGAGGAAUACGUAGAAAGUUUGCAGAAUCUGCCUUCGGAAAUCGAUCAAAACAUGCAUGAACUACGUAGCAUGGAUGAAGAGUUCCAACGCAUAAGAGAGACAUACACUAAGCAUAGAAGAUCGUACACGAAAUUACUUAAAUUAUCAAGUGCUGCAUCGCCAACAACUCCACUGCCUUCUAGUCAAACAGUUAAUCCAGCCAAUACAACUGCAUCAAGACUUCAGCUUGAGAAAGAUUAUAGGGCAGCUGUUCAAAAGCAGGAUCAAAAGAUUGAAUUGGCAUUACGAAUGUACGAUCUUGUUUCACGUCACAUUGAACGUAUUGAUUCUCAAAUGGCAAAGAGCGGAGUCACAGAGGGCGAUUGGAUUGUGAAUGGAGGCAGUAAUCCGAGUACUAAUCGAAAAGGACCUACUAAUACAUGGGAUGAAUCUUGGCGUAGUGAUGGCUCACGAAAGCGCUCCUUACCUGCUAAUGGUCCGUCCGCACUCAGAAAAAGAACUCACCACUCUUCACGCCCAAAUCCUUCGAUUGGACACAAUGGUGCAAUGGCAGAAUUGGAUAUCGAUCCAAAUGAACCUAGAUAUUGUUAUUGUAAUCAGGUUUCAUUUGGCGAUAUGGUUGCUUGCGAUGGAGAGAAUUGUGAGAAGGAGUGGUUUCACUAUGCGUGUGUUGGACUGGUAGAACCUCCUGCAGGAAAAUGGUUUUGUAGCGAAUGUUUGGCGGCUGAGGACGGAUACCGAAAAAAAUUAAAGAGAUUUAGUGAAGAGCUUGCUUAAUAGAUAUUGUUAAAAGUUUUUUGUUGCAAAAAAGAAGAGAAGAAGAAGGCAGAACAACAAGUAUUGUAAAUAUUUAAUAAUAUAUAGAUAUAUUAUAAAAAUACGGAAAUUAUACCAUUUGAAGAAU